GCAGAAUGUAUACCAACGAAGAGACGUUACAUAUGCUACUAGUGUAUGGUGAAUGCGGAAGAAAUGCCGGUAGAGCAGUACAGCGAUAUGGAGAGCUGUAUCCAGAUCGUCAGCUUCCUACGCGCCAGCUUCUUGCAAGUAUGUGCAAGAAACCAGUGAAAUCGGGAAACUGGAAGGCUGAACAGAGGACAAGGCAGAAAACUGCAACUGAGGAAGCACAUGAGGAGAUUGUUCUGGGGUCGGCGCUUAGCAAACCUCAUGCUGGUUCGCGACAUUUGGCCAAGGAAUGUGGUACAUUUGGCCAAGGAAUGUAUGUAGAGAAUACAAAAUACAUUAUUAAACAAAAUGGCAUUACUUGA